AUGACUGAGGAGCAUCGAGCAGUCUUUGAGAAGAAGGGUAUGGUGCAUGAUGGGACAAAGCGCUCUCAGAUCGUUCCUUUUAUUGACCAAAGCGAGCGUCUUUGCACCCUUCUGGACCAUCCGAAGGUGCUUGAGGUGAUUGGGUCGCUGUUAGGCGAGGACUUCAACUACGUGGGUGGAGAUGGGAAUUAUUACAGUGGGGAUACCGGCUGGCACUCCGAUGGCGCGCACAAGGUUGGGCUGUAUGCCAAGUUUCAUCUCUAUCUUGAUCCGCUCACACGCGAUACGGGGUGUAUCCGCGUGAUACCGGGAAGCCAUUUGUUUGGGGAAUGGCGAGCGCGCAUUGAGCAGGUGCGUCGUUCAAACGAAGCAUUGGAGGUUAAUGGGAGUGAUGUUCCGUGUGUCGCCGUUGAAACUGAACCGGGGGAUGUUGUGGUUUUUAACCACAAUAUUUACCACGCCUCCUUCGGUGGAGGACGUAGUCGUCGCCACUUUGACCUCAAUGUGGCGAGUAGAGCAAAGACAGACACCGAGAUCGCCGAACUCGACAGUUAUCUCCACCGGGAUGGCAAGCCACGCUUUACUCUAUGUUUGUCCGGUUGUGGCGAGGAUGAUGAGGUUCAAGAUGAAAUAGCAGCGAUAAUCCCAAUCAACUUCUCAAACUUGAAAGAAGCAGGGGAAUACGCGGUACGAAUUACAAUUACCGGACCCAAUGUAGCAACAAUAACAACAGAGCAAAAUCUGUCUAUCAAGCCGACCAGCCAGCCAGUUGAAGAGAUAGCUCUCAGUGAAGUCCAUUUUGGAGCGAAUCAGGUGGUAACAAUCGAAGUCUUAAAGGGUGGAACAGUUUUGUAUCAAGGAGAAGCUGAGGCUGGCUUUAUUCGUAACUCUUCAAACAGAACAAUAGAGAUUACGAAGUGGGAUUGGGGAGACGGACAGCAGACAAAAUUCGGCGAGGAACUCACGGCAUCACACACCUACGAGCGUGUUGGAGAGUACACCAUUAUCCUAACGGUACGCAAUGAUGCUCCUAACCCCAUCACAGUGGAACAAGAAAAAACGAUAAGCGUCACUGCCGAGCUAGAGAUUGUGUCCAAAAGCGAUGGCACAACAAUGAUGCUGAUCCCCACCGGCACGUUUGAGAUGGGGGAUUCUUUUGGGGAAGGGUUACCUCACGAACUACCGGUUCACACGGUCUCUGUCAAUGCCUUCUACAUGGAUGUAACUGAAGUGACUAAUGCUGUGUACAAACAGUUCCUCGACGCCACGGGACACAAGGCACCGGACUUUUGGGAGGACCCGACCUUUAACGCACUCGACCAACCUGUUGUGGGUGACGUGGCUUGA